UUUUCAUAUUUUAACAUUGGAGUUACGAAAAAGUAGACAAGCCAAGAGCCCUCAGGACAAACAAAAAGAAGAAUGAACAACAUAAACCCACUCCUAGCUUCAAUAACGACUAACUUCGACAAACUUUACGUUAAAAAUAUAAACUGGAUUGAGAGCCUGUACACCAAGAAAGUCGGUAUCAAUACCAACAUUAGUAGCGGUAUUUCCGCCGGGACUGAUACGAAUAUCGGUACCAUAAACGCUGCCGGUAUUGAUACAAACAUCGUUAAAACUAUAAAACCUAUCGGUUCUUCCGGUAUUAACACGAAUAUCGGUUCUUCUGGUAAUAAUACGAACAUGGGUACCGCCAAUACGAAUACCGGUUUGGGUAUCAUCCCUGGUCUUAAUACAUGCAUUUGUACUGGUAGUAUCAUUAAUGUUAAUGUACUUGCUGGUAAUAACGGUAUUGGUUGUGGUGUGGUUGACAAUGCUAGCGCCAGUAAGGUUUCUAUGGUCAAUGAAAGUGAAGGUGAUGUUCAUAGCAUCAUAAGAACGCCCGCUGCAUCUUUAUGUGGAACGUACGGGAGAUUUCACUGCUAUAGUGAUUAUGGCUACGAAUCGAGUGUAAAUUGCAAGCACCAUAAGUCUUUGGCCGCCGGGAGAAGAUUCUCUCACUUGAUAAAAGCCCUGGACCUCGAGACCUCCUUCUCUAACACGCCCACGCAAAACCAACUAAAAAUGUCAAGGACGGUUGCAACAGAAAAUUUGACUUUGGUAUCGGUUCCGGUAUCGGUUCCAGUUUCGGUAUCGGUUCAAACGCAGACCGAUCCGAUUUUUAUUUUGGAAACUGGAGACGUUAUAGAAAGUGGAGGAGAGAGCAGUGAGGAGACUAUUAUUCUGAAAAGAGUUACCGAAACGGCAAAUAACGCAAUCAUAAAAAAUAAUAAAAAUAAGAAUAAUAAUAAUAACAACAAUAAUAACAACAAUAAUAAUAUUGAUGAAGAUGGUGAAGACGAAAAUGGCGAUAACAUCAUAUUAUACCAAGCCAUCAUCAUUCCGUAUAAUAAUAACAUCAAAAAUAAUAAUAAUAAUAGUAAUAAUAAUUUUCUUGGUGAUGUGUUAAUUUUUAAGAGAACCGCAAAUAAUAAUAAAAAUAAUAACAAUAGUAUUAAUAGUUUAGAUGAAAAUAACAAUUAUAACACAUGUGCGAACAACAAUUGCAAUAUGAACAGCAACAACAACAAUAAUAAUAACAAUUAUUAUUAUAGCUGCUAUAAUAACGAUGAUAGUAUCAAUGAUACAGGAAAAACUGAUAAUGAUACCAAAUUCAGCGAUGACGAUGAUGAUGACGAUGACGAAGCUGGCUGUGCUGGCGCUGAUGAUGAUGGCAUUGAUGACAUAUACCAGUAUGACGAUUACUGCUAUGGGCUGGAAGAUUCCAGAUCAAUAUUCUGUGCUAUUCCGUACGAUGAUGGUAAGAGCAACGGCAAUAACAACAACAACAAUAAUAAUAAUGACAAUAAUAAUAAUAACAACAACAGCAAUAACAACAACAACAACAACAAGAAUAAUAAUAAUAAUGAUGAACUCUUACUUCACAAAGAAAAAAUUCAAAUACGUCAAACGUUACAAAAAGAAGAAGGAGAAGAACUACAUCACGAUAAUCACUACCGCCAUCAGCAGCAGCAACAGCAGCAGCUACAACAGCCACAGCAACAACAACCGCAACAGCAAAAUUUGGCAAAGUUAAGCUUGACACCACCACCUAAUAAUGCUUGUUGCGGCUUUCUGUCUAAGUGUUCCUCGUCGUCUUCGAAACAGAAAAAAACUGAUCCAGAAGUUGUUGACGUCGAUGUUGAAAAUGGUUGCGCGACAAAUGUGCAACAACAACAGCAACAAGAUAAAUUAUUGCCAACAAUUAGCAAUGUGUUGACGACAAACACUCAAGAUAAAUUGAGCAGCAAACCACCAAAAACUUCGCAUCCGAUUUUUGUUGAAAAUGAUUCAACGACAUCUAUCCUGACACACGUAACUUCGACGUUUUCUGCGCAGCUAGAGCAGCAGCUACAGCAGCAGCAGCUACAAGAAAAGUUGAAAAAUUUCACUCAGAAACAAAAAUCAUUUCAAGAUUAUUUGAAAAGUUUGCAGAGUGCCGACGAGAAAAAUGAUUCCAGUUUGAGUUUCUACAAUCUCAACGUCAGCAAACUGAACUCCACUAUUCCGAACAACAAUAGCCUUGCCAACAACAACAUCAAAAAAAACAACAACAACAUCAACAAAAACAACAACAACAACGACAAAAACCGCGAUUCGGAUGAUUUGAAUUCCAACUUAGAUUAUUUUGUUUCUGUUGUACAAGGAGUUAAAAAUAUUGACGAUGAGGGGGAUGAUGACGACGACGAUGACAACGGAAGAGGAUCGUCUUGUAGGAUGACGAUGAUUUCAUUCGAAGAACAUUCUCGAAAAAACAAUAACAGUAACAGUAACAACAACAACAACAAUAAUAACAACAGCAACAGCAACAGAUACAUCAAAACGAACGACAAAAACAACAUCAACGACAUCAAAAAGAGCAAUGGAAAUAAUCCGGACAGCAUUGAUCUCAGUCAAUUAUACGCUGUUGUCAAGAAACCAAACAAAAACAACAACAACAAUAACAACAACAACAAUGAGAGUAACAACGACAACAACAACAACAACAAUAAUAUUAUUGAUGUCAUUGAUAAAAAUCUCAAAAAAACAAAUCGCACAUCAGUUAAUAUCAGAAAAUCUACUAAAAUCAACAGCAACAACAACAACAAAAGCAUCAUCAACAACAAAAGCAUCAUCAACAACAAAAACAAAAACAUUAAAAAAAAACAUAUAACGAGAACUAUGAGAUACAUGGGCCAUAGUGUAGAUGGUGACGUUGAAGAAGACGACGACGAUGAUUAUGAUAAUGGUGAUGACUUCAAUAACAUCAACAACAACAACAACGACAACGACAAUAGCUUCAAAGAUUACAUAUCCAUAUUGAACACCAGUACCGAAGGAAUAUGUGGAAGCGAUCCUUGUAAUGUUAACAGUAGAUUCGGGUUAUCUGCCAUUAAAACUGAUAAAAACAUAAUUGAUACCUGUAGCAGCAAUAAUAUUCGUAGUAUUAGAAGUAGAGGCAGUAAUGAAGCGUUGGCCGGCAGUACUAAAAGUAGUAUUAGUUACAAUACUAGCAGUAGUAGUGGUAGCAACAAUGGCGAUUCUGUGGACAGAAAAAACGUUAAAGUAGCAACUAAACCAGCAAAGAUUAAACUUUCUAGCAAAUUUGGCAAUAGCAAACAACAGCAACACCCCCACCUGCACCAACAGCAACAGCAGCAGCAGCUCAAGAAGCCGCGUCGUUCAUCGCGUUUAGUCGUCCGAAAAAGCGCCACACCGUCACACCACAGCAGCCACAACAUUUCGAUCUUUUCGACUAAGACCCUUCAAAAAGCUGACGAUAGCGGCAAGAAUGUGGAGAGCGUAGUCGUAGCUACAGUUAAUAGCUAUGAUAGAAAUGGGAAAAAAUCAUCUUCUACUAAUUCGUCUAAAGCUGUGAACCUGGGCGGCAGCGGGUCUGGUGUUGAUUCCAUCAAAAAGACUGGAUUCCUAGCCAAGUGGAAAAUAUUCGGUGUUAAAAAGAGUAAAAAGAGUGAUGACUCUAUCCAACAAAAAUUGGACCAAUCAGUGAGGCUGCUGAGUAAGCAGGCCAGAAAUUCUGGCCAAUUAAAUUCGAGCAGGGCUCCUGUACCUAAUACUGUUGCUGGGAGUGUUGUUAAUAUGACGCCUGUUAAGUCAGCUAACAAAGCAAGAAUGACAAGGCUGCAGAAUUUUUUCAGUCCAAAAUCAAACCGUACCCCAAAGCAACAACAAACAACAACAACAACCCCGAUAACGUUAACAAAAACAUUAACAAAGCAGCCACAGCAACAACGUCAACUCGUGAAAAGUGUAAAUCGUUCGUCGUCGUCGUCGUCUUCGUCGUCGCCAGUAGCAGCAGCAGCAUCAGCAAAAUCAACCACCGCAAAAAAGACUAUUAAAUUCGAUAAUGAUGACUGUCCAACUCUUAACAAACCUAACUCACGCUUCAACAACAAAAUCAACAACAUUCAUAACAACAACGUCAACAACAACAACAACAUCAUUAUCAACAUUAACAACAACAUCAACAACAAUAGCAACACGAUUGUUAGGUGCCUUUCAGGGAGGAAAAGUUCGACAGCGUAUAUGACAACAACAUCAGUUAACUCUGCGAAAAUGGCUACACCGACGCUUUCAAAAUUCAACAAAAACAUCAAAGACAUCAACAACAACAUUAUCAACAACAACAACAUCAUCAACAACAACAUCAACCCCAAACAUAACAACAACAACAGUCAGUCUAAAUCGAAAAUUAACAACGCGAGCCAGAAAACACCGACAAACACAUCAACAAAAAUAACAACAACAACAACAUCAGCGCCAAAAAAACCAACACAACCCAAUAGCAACAUCAACUACAACAACAACAGCAACAAUUUCCACAACAACAGCAACAAAAAUGUUGUUGCCACAUCAAAAGCAGUAACACCAAAAGUCGCCUUCGUAAAACCGAUGAUGAUGAUGAUGAAAAAGAAUGCCGGCGACAAUGACUACAAGAGGAUGUGCGUGUUGCAACAGAAGAUGCUAAAAAUGGCGGGUUCAGCUGAGGCAGCUAAGAUGCUGCUGCUGUCAACUGACCAAUACAAAAGCAGAUCGACUUCACCGCAGUGCGAAAGCUACGACAUUAGCGAUCUGAAAACCGAUGAUGAAGAUGAUGAUGAUGACGACCAUGAUGAUGAUGACGACGAUUACGAUGAUGAUUAUGAUGAGGAUGAUGGCGGUGAUGAUGAUGACGAAUAUGAGUCACGUGCAAGAAGUAGAAGAAGGAAGAUGAAAAAGAAUAAAAAAAUUCCGUCCUGGGCUCAAGGAUCCGAACUAGUCGCCUCGCUCAUACGGUUUUUCAUCUACCCGAUUGACGUUGACGAACUCUUCGGUACUGUAUUCGCUCCGGAUCUCAACGAAAUGUUCGACGAAAAGAAACCGAGAUUCGACAGGAGAACGAUCAUGGCCGUCUGUCGAAAUCUGAGGAUCAAAAGAAUUACUAUUAAGAGUUAUUGCAGCGAACGGCAUCAUAGAUAA